CUAAAUCCAUACGAGCAGUCCUUCUGCCGUACAGUCCCUGUUGUCUCCGUAGUCAGGAUCGUCAAUUUUUCCCCGUUCUAACCAACAAUGGGCGAUUCUGGCUCAGGCGUGCAUUUAUCCAGCAUACCGCUGGCGCCGGACUUACCCUUAUCGUCCGCAGACCCUGAGGAGAUCUCUGUGCUUGUGACAGGCUUUGGCCCGUUCAAAUCCAAUGUGGUCAAUGCGUCAUAUCUAAUAGCGUCAGCUCUUCCACCAUCCAUAUCCUUGCCAACAGAUACACCUGGAGGGACAACUGCUAUCCGGCGCAUCGCGAUACAUGUGCACCCUUCUCCCAUCUCUGUCGCAUACUCGGCAGUGCGGACAACUAUCCCAUAUAUAAUGGAAGAGUACGUGAAAACGCACGGGCGCCAUCCGGACAUCGUGAUCCACAUGGGUAUUGCUGCGACUAGGAGCUACUAUUCGAUAGAAACAAAAGCUCAUCGCGACGCAUACAAUAUGCCGGAUAAUCUCGGCCGCGCGGGAUAUGAGGACGGCGAGAAGCUCUGGAAGGAGAAGACUCUCCCUCACGUCUUGACGGCUGGGCGCAGCGAUCCCGCGAGAGAGCCAGUAGUGAAAUUGGACUUGACGCCGUCGCGCACGAACCUGAACCCUCAUCCGCCGGACAGUGAGUUUUUGAAGACAUGGCAGGCGUUUGCUCCGGCGGGUGCGGAUAUCCGUAUCUCUGGGGACGCGGGGCGGUAUCUAUGCGAGUUCAUUUUCUAUACGAGUUUGUCGUUGGCGCUGCGAGAAGGUCGGGACAGGAACGUUGCAUUCUUCCAUGUGCCUUCUUCCUGCCGUGAUGUGGACGUAGCGACUGGGAAAGAAGUGGCGAUUGCGUUGAUUAAGGCUUUGGUUAGUCGUUGGGUUGAUGCGAAGGUAUACGAGCAUGAUUGGGCCUGA